AUGGAGUGUCUGCGCAAACGCACUGGCCUUCGCGGGCGCCAACACGCCCUCGAGAAGCGAGCUCGCUCUCCGUCGCCGACGCGCGAGGGCCUCUCUUCGCUGUACGCCCCGACGGGAGGCUUACACGUGACGCCUGCGCGCCCCAUCACGCUCGUCGCACGCGGGUUUUCCCACGCCAUUCGGAUGAAGUCGCAAAUCCCUUGCAUAAAAUUCGCGUCGCCUUGCCUACCUGAAAAAGGGGAAAGAACCCGCGCAGAGGCGAAGGAGCCAGGCAACGAAACCCAGCCUUUCGCCUCGCCGAACCCUCCCGGCCCGCCCGGGCCAUCUGCGUGUCGAGCAGGCCGAACGGAGACCCCGGGACACGACGCCGUCGAUCUAGAACAGGCUUCUGGCGACGACAGGCACACGGGAGACUGCCCGACGCAGAACCGCACCCCCGAAGAGGGUAGCACGGACGGGGAGUCGCCGCAGGAAGCGGAAGGGCCUCUCAAAUUCAUUCUCAAAGACAUUGACCUCUGCGCGAAACCCGGAGAGAUGCUUGUGAUUAUGGGUCCCAGUGGCUCGGGGAAAACGACGCUCCUCAACGCGCUGGCAGUGGGAGGAGAGGCUGCAAACGUCAUCGAAGAUUGUGUGCGCGUUUCGGUUCCUCAGAAAGACAAGGUCCCCGAGCUCCUUACUGUCCAUGAGUACGUCACCUUCUGUUCUCGCCUCAAGAUGCGGGAUGCGACGGAAGAAGAGCGCGUAGCGCGCGUGGAGGUUGUCCUCCGCGAACUGGGUCUGUGGCGAAGCCGCUUUACGCGCGUCGGCGGAAGCGCAAAGAAAGGCCUUAGCGGAGGCGAAGUCAAACGUCUCGCCCUUGCGGUGGAACUGCUGCACAACCCGUCCCUCAUUUUCCUUGACUUUCAGCGCAGUCAACUGCCUGUCCGUCUGAACGCCAUUUCGGUGGCGCUAGCGCGCCUUCAACUCUUCACCCCUCUCGGUCUCGGGCUGUCCCGGCAGGCGUUUGUGUUCUCCCUUGGGUCUGCUGGACUUGGCGGUGCCGUCUUUGACUCCGUCCACGCAGACGAACCGACCAGCGGUCUCGACGCAGCGCUCGCCUUCGAGACGAUGAAGCUCCUGCUUCGCCUUGCGCGCCAAGGAGGCCGAACGAUUCUGUGCACGAUUCACCAACCUCGCAGCCAGCUUUUCGCGAUGUUUGAUCGCCUGGUCCUGAUGUUUGAGGGGCGCAUCGUGUUCCAAGGGCCGGCGCGGCAGUGCGUGUCCUACUUUGCCAAGCGCGGGUUCCACUGCCCGCCGCAGUUCAACCCUGCGGACUUCAUCCUCGAUCUCUUGAACGUCACGACUCUGACGGCAAACGCACCCCUCGUCUGCCCGCAGUCCGAAGGGUCCCUCAGCGCCCAGUCGCUCCUCGACGCCGAACUGCAAAAAGUCCACACGCUCGAACUGCAGCGGCUCGAGCUCCUGAAGCAGACAGAAGGCGCGACCGACGCGAGACACCUGGAAGAAGGACAGCCCGGCAGCUGGCCUCUGGCGCGCGGGGCGAAUGGCGAGGCCGCAGACGGAGAGGCGCGGCCGACACCGGAAGGCCUCGGGGAAGAGACGAGCACACUGCUCGAGGUCCCCGCAGGCGUCCCCGAGUCCACGGGCGGCGGGGACGGACAUCAAGACGAAAAGGAGUCAAAGACAGAAAACGGCUCCAGUCCGCCUGUGCCUCGGCACAGGCACCACGGACCGCAGGCGGGCCAGACCGGGCGAAGGCGCCGCGGAAACGAGGAAGGGACUCCGCCGGGGUCCGGCGCUGCCGGUGGAUCUGGAGAAGGUCGGAAGGGCGUGUCCGUGCUGUCGAUCGCGUCCGCUGCGCCGUCUGAGAUUGCCACCAGCGACAACGAUGCAUCGGGCGUACGAGGCUCGCAGCCGCCGAGCCGGCCGGGAGACGAAGAAGACGCGCAGGCGCAACGACGCUCGCGGACCCAGGGCGGGGCCAACGUGAGCGGCUUCGUGGACGCCGAGGAAGCGCCGGGCGAAAUUCACCGCGUCCUCGUCGAUGAGAACGACGUGAAGCGGCUCGCCGAGUCGUACGCCGCAAGUCCAGAGCGGGCGCAUGUCGUCGACGUGAUCGAACAAGUUCUCCAGGCCGCGGCGCCCGAGCAAGUCAAACGUGGAGGUCGAGCUGCAGUCGUCAAGCGGCUACUGCCGCAACGCCGGUGGUCCGAUUGGGGACGCGAAGUUUGCGUCCUCAUUCAGAUGGGUUUUCUAAAUCACGUCAGGAACCCAAUGAGUUCUCUUGUUCAACUCGGGCUGAACAUCGUCCUCGGCCUCAUCUUCGGCGCGAUUUUCUUCAACAUUCCUGGGCAAGGAAAGACCUUCGAGUCAGGGAGGAAUCUUCUUGGGUGUCUCUUCUUCCUCGGCUCUCAGCUGGUCUUUGGCCCCCUUGACUGUCUCGUACUUUUCUGCACGGACCGCGAGCUCUUCAACAGAGACACAGCGAAUGGCAACUACACUCCCUCCUCGUUCUUCGUCGCCAAGAGCCUCUCGAAUCUGCCUUUCGAGCACAUUCCCCUGACCUGCGUCACGCUCAUCGCCUACGUGAUGUGUGGCCUGCACAGAGGCGCGGCGCAUUUCUUCAUCUACUUCUUCAUCGGGCAACUGUCGAUAUUCGCGUCGACCUCUCUCCUGGGGUUCAUUUCUGCUGCAUCUCCGCGGAUUGCGGUCGCGCAGGCGGUUGCCCCCAUUAUUCUUCUCAUAUUUCUUCUCGUCACGGGCUACUACAUUCGCGCCGAUGACAUUCCGGCCGCCAUCCGAUGGCUGAAAUACUUGUCGCCUAUCCACUAUUCGUACGUGGCUCUGGCUCUCAAUCAGUUCCCGCCGGACGAAUACUGGGGCGAGCUCUCCAAUAGGGACUUACUCGAGUCCUACGGAGGCAUUACCAAGACGGAUCUGGGGUUCUACGUCGGCAUGCUUGCUCUGCUCGGAUGCAUCUUUCGAGUGUUUUCGUUCGUCUGUCUGAAGUGCAUGCACCGGCGCAUCGGCCUCGAAGCGUGA